AUGGGUCAAGAUCUGAUUCUAAAGGCUCAGGUCAGAGGUACAGAUCCAAAUCUGAAAACGAAGGGCUGGGAUGAUGUUACGGUGCACACUUUGACGCUAAAUCGGGAACGGUGUUUGAGUAGGGAACUGGUAGAGUCGUUCUUUAGGUUUCUACGUCAUAAUAGCGACGAUGUGAUACGACAGAAACUAAACAACACGAAAGAGAAGAAUGAGAGGGCUGCAAAGACAAGAUGCAAGGAGUUCGUUACGCAGGACUUGUUCCCCAGCUGGGAUCUGCGAUUGCGUGCGAUUGAUUUUUGUGAUCGUGAGGCGUCGUCCUUGAAGCGUGAGUUGGACGAAAAAUACGCGCCCGAUGGGUCUCACGGCCCUGUUUUGGCAGCUCGCAUGGAUCCAUAUGCUGCAGCGGAUAGCGUUGCCACCAGGGAAGCUUAUUUACGACAAUGGAGUGAGCUAAGACGCUGGGUCGAUAAUCAGAGGGGAAUCGAGCAGAUCUUGCAACGAACAGGAACGGGUGUACUUGCCAGAGCUUGUGAUCCAGACACAUCCUACAUUGACGAGUUUGAAAAGUUCAGAAAAUCCAUUAGAUAA